UAAUAAUUUUUUUAUAACUAUUUAAAAAUGAGUUUCUUAAGUGAACUCAAGAAACAAAAAGACCGUCUCAAGGGCACCGAAACUGUGGUUACCCGUGCAGACGGAGUGAAAUAUGUAGAAGGUUCCGGAACAUUUCUCGAACCAAACGCUUACGGCUUCAUUGUAGAUACUAAACCAGAUGAUACCCCAGCUUUGAUUAUAGACUAUUUGUACAUAGGCUCGCAAGAUUGUGCUGUUAAAAGUGUUUUGGAUAAGUAUAACAUAAGUUGCGUUGUAAGUUUAGGCAUAGAUGUUGAUAUAUCUAAUGUAGAACACAAGUUUAUACCAGUUUUAGAUUUACCAGAAUCUGAUAUAACACCAGUUUUGGUUGAUUGCUUGCCAUUUAUACGUAAUUGUAUAGACAAUAAGAGGAAUGUGUUAGUACAUUGCAACGCGGGAGUUUCGCGAACGUCUAUGGUUGCGAUUGCUUAUUUGAUGCAAUAUGAGAGAAUGAGUUUUAACGAAGCCUAUGAUUUGGUGAAGACGAAACGGCCAGCGAUACAGCCAAAUGCUGGGUUUAGGAAACAGUUACAAUGUUUGGAUCCUGGAAAUGUUUUAAAACAUUAAUGUUAAGGUAUUAUACAGCUAC